AUGGAGCUCACCAUGGAGAACCUUCACAGCGUCUCCUCGCACUCCCAGGCGGGGGACCUCAUGAGCUCCCCGCACGCGCGGCCGUCGCCGUCCCCCAGCUCCACUCCUCGGAAUCUGGUCUCGCACGCUCCCGGUGCGCGGUCAGCCAUGGUGUCCGGCAUGGCCUCGCUCCUGGAGGGCUCCGGCGGGGACUACCGGACAGACCCGUCCGCGCUGUCCGGUCACCUGCACCCGUCCAUCAGCAUGUGCGAGACCGGGAUGAGCCUUAGCAACACGUACACCACCCUGACCCCCCUGCAGCAUCUACCUCCGAUAUCCACCGUCUCGGAUAAGUUUCACCACCCGCACUCACACCACCAUGCUGCCGCCCAUCAACGACUCUCCGCCGGGAACGUCAGCGGCAGCUUCACGCUGAUGCGGGAGGACCACCGGGGGCUCGCCUCCAUGGGCAAUCUGUACAGUCACUACCCCAAAGAGAUGUCCGUGUCCGGUAUGGGCCACGGCUCGCUCUCCCCGCUGUCCAGCGGGCUGGGCUCUUUGCACAACUCUCAGCAGCCGCUCUCAGCGUACGGUCCCAGUACGCACCUCUCCACCGACGCCAAGAUGCUCUCUCCGGUCUCGGGGUUUGAGUCCCACGCCUCCAUGCUGUCCCGGAGCGACCAAGAGCACCUGGCGAGGAGUUUAGGGGGUCACGGCCACGGCAUGAUCUCCAACCUCAGCGGCAUGCACCACCACCCGCACAGUCACCUCCACUCCCAGGCGAACGGCGCGGUGAUGCUCGGGGACCGGGAGAGGCACGGCCACGGAGCCGGCCAGGGAGUAGCAGGGUCGGGCAUCCAAGCGGAGGAAAUCAACACAAAGGAGGUGGCUCAGAGGAUAACGGCCGAGUUAAAGCGGUACUCCAUCCCGCAGGCCAUAUUCGCCCAGAGGAUCUUGAGCCGGUCGCAGGGAACCCUCUCAGACCUGCUACGGAACCCCAAACCCUGGAGUAAGCUCAAGUCAGGCCGGGAGACCUUCAGGAGGAUGUGGAAGUGGCUGCAGGAGCCGGAGUUUCAGCGGAUGUCUGCUCUCCGGCUGGCUGCAUGUAAACGCAAGGAGGAGGACCGAGGACGAGAGCGCAGUCAGGUGCCAAAGAAGCAGCGACUGGUCUUCACCGACCUGCAGCGUCGCACCUUGGUAGCCAUCUUCAGAGAGAACCGCCGCCCCUCCAAAGAGAUGCAGGUCACCAUCUCCCAGCAGCUGGGCCUGGAGCUCUCCACCGUCUCCAACUUCUUCAUGAACUCACGCCGCCGCUGUCCGGACCGCUGGGACACAGAGGAACAUGGUCAUGGGGUGCACGGCCACAGCCACUUGCACACUCCUCACGGAAACAGCAACAACAACAAUGCCUCACCGAUCCAACCCGGUACCUCCUCUGCGACCACGUUCUCUAAGGCCUGACGGUGGCAGGACGGAUCAUUGAACAGAUGCAUGGAGGAUGGAGGGGGGGUGUUUUACACUAAAGCAGUGGGCUCUAACUGUGAUCCUGCAGAGCUAUAGGGUGUGUAGCUUCAGAUCACUCAUCUGAUCCAUCUGCUCAAAGUGCUGAGGACUUGUGCAGAUGAAUCAGAUCUUCUCAGUGCUCCAUGUAUUUUCUAUUAUAGUCAUGGGGGCUAACUUGCAUUUCAAAUUGUGGCUCUUCAAACCAAAGAUGCAGUAGCUUUAGGAGAGUUGCCCUCAAACAACCACAGGUGGCUCUUAGUUAAUCCAUCUGAAAACCAAAGAAAAUCCAUCCACACUAAACCACACUGUAGGUCUAUGUUUAAGCCUUGAAAAGGGAGGAGGGGGUUUGCCUCUGGUCAGGAUGUAAACACACCAAAGAAUCACUCAUGACAAGGAACCGAUAGCUUUAAGACAGGGAACCUUAAGCAGCCACAUGUUGGUCUUCACAAAUCAAGCAGAAAUCAGGCAGCAGAUGUGUCUGCUGGGCCGUGAUCAACGAAUCAACCACUCCUCAUUUCAAUAACAGACACAGAGGCUGAUUGAGAGGUGCGUUUGAGUGUCAAGUGUCUGUGAAACGCUCUCGGCAGGUCCUUUGACCCGCUAACCACAUACCACCCCUCUGCAUCACUGCAUGUGUGUGUGUCCUGCGUGUGCAUGUGCGUAAUGUUCACAUGCUGCGUGUGCGCCACGGGUGUAAUUCCUCUGCAGUGAUUCAUCCCGCUCCACGUCAGAGUAACAGUGCCACCUGCUGUCCAUUUAGAUCACAUCUGGACAUGUUGAGAGCAUGUUGGUGUAGUUAGAACUCAUAUCUCCAGGAGGCGUACAGCACAUUGUAGCCUGCAGUGUAGAUUUCUAUUAGGAUACUGAUACCAAUACUCUAUAUAGGCAUAAGUGUAGUCCUGCAAACACCAAACACACUGAGACAACAUGAUAAAACGUGAUAAUCCACACACCCUUUUAUACAUAUUUGAAUGUUUGUUUCUUAAGACUUGUUGUAUGGCUACAUGGCCAUAGCCCGUGAGAGGAUAUUUUCAGGUUACAAGAGGAGAACAAUCAAACUGGGACGACACUCCCCACGUUCAAAGGUGUCGUCCCUGAGUGUAGGGAGGGAGGGAGGGGGUUGGGGUCUGCUCUGUUCUAGUGGCCAAACGUAGAGGUCAAAUGUCACAAUAUAGGAUCCUGAGUGCCAAUGAUGUUUGCCUCUUUAUGAUAAUCAGAGAACAGGUGCAGCCUGCUCCGUCGCCAUGCACCCCGCUGUGUCUGGCCUGUGUCAUCACAACCUUCAAACUGCGAGCACUAUACGGGCAUGUAGCCUAUUCCAUACCUCAGAAAAACAUUGAUGUGAUCGACAUGAAACACAAUGAAAAUCACUGUAAAUAAUCUUUACGUUCAUCUCUCUGUCCCUCUGUCUUAUCUAUUCUCUAUUUAUCUACUCUCUUGCUAACCCCUCCUGUUGUGUCUUUCCUUUAUUUUUCCCUCCUUACUAUUGAUGCGGGUAAUAAUAGUACCAUAGACACAUGGUUUCUCUCUCGUGACUAUUGUGCUAUGUUGUGCUGAAACUAUGUAAAGAAGCACCUUGUCGACAAAAUGUAAAAACUUAAAGAUUGAAAAAAAAGAAGACUCAACAUGUCAUAGACUGAUCCUAUGCACAGACAAGGAAGGGAUACCACAAGUGACAAACUGUGCAUAUUUGUGAAUACCUGUACGAUGGAAUAGAUGGACUGUCUGGACGUGAAGGACCACUUUCCUGAUCUCUGAACUUUGACCCCUUUGAACUGGACUGUCACUGCAUUCCUCUGCUGAUGGUGUUUUUUGGUUACCAUGAGAACCGCCUCAUUUUAUUUAUGCCUUUUUUUUGUUUGAAUUUUUUGUGGGCAAAGCCACUCGUUGUGUAGCAUCUUCUAGCGGGAGAUAAUCAUAUUAGAGAGGAGAUGCAGACAGGAGGAAGAGGGGAGCAGCAGGGGAGGUAGGAGCAUCAGAGGCCUGUCAUCAGACUGGUAGGAAGCAUCCAAGUGACAUUCCUCCAUGGCUUGGGUUCUGGUCGUUAUGUAGUGCACUAUAACAGAUUCCUUGUUGGAGGUGUCACUUAGGACGUCUACUAGAGUCCAGAUGGAAAAAAAAAAACACUUUGUAGGUUUUUAGUGCAGAUGUUUGAGGUUCAGACCCAAAACAGAAGAGUUAGUGAUGGAAACAGUUGUGUGUGUGUGUGGCUACCUCACAGAAUGGAGUGGACUGUGACACAGCCAUCAAUACCAAAGAUACUUCAAGCCUGCCAUGUUCACACUGGACUUGGGACGUGCACACACGCAAACACUACACACACACACACACACACACACACACACACACACACGCAGAUUCAGUGACAGGUGCAGAUAUGCUUCUAAGUGCACAUACACAUUUCCGCAGAGCAGUCGUGCUGCAUGGCAAACACACAGAGGUGUUUGUUAUGUGGGAAGAGUUGAGUGCCUUUUUCCUUCAACCAGGGGUUGGACUGCUCUGAACACAUAUAUACACACAUAUACACACACGGGGUUUAAAGUGAAGGGGGGCACACGCUGGGUGAAGGGGGAGCAACACUGGAGGGGUCCUCAUGACAUUAAAAAAGCCACUUUUGUUCUGAGCACUUUUUUCACACGAGGGGGAUAAGAUUGUUUACCGCCACCGCCUUUUUUUUUCUCCUUACAUGCUGGUGAGAUGUCAUCUUACUGAGUCCUCUCCAUGAUACACACAUGCACACACACUCCCACCAGAGAUAUUUUUGUGUAAUUUGUAAACCGAGUGUAGGUGUGUGUGUCUAUCUGGCAGUUUACAAAGCCCUCUGAUCACAUCUAACAACCAACCAAUGAGCAAUCAGUGCUCCAAUUCUUUGAGCUUUCAUCUCCUAAAGACGACAUGACGCCCGCCGGUGACCCCCAUCAAUCCAAACCCUCUUCGCUGGUCCCUACGUCCAGGGUAGCAUCACAACGAGGCAGGCAUGUGUAGACAAUUCAUCUUGAUAUACCUCAAAUCUUUAUUGUAAAGGUUAUGUAGUGAAACAAUAAUGACAAUGUUUAGCAAUGAGAGUGACAUUAAAGUCACAGCAAAAUGAUUGUUCUGUUUUAUAUUUCUUUAAAAGAGCGUGUGGAGUAUAAACUGUUUGACAUUUUUUGAGUUAUUAUUUGUAGGUUUGCACGUUUGCGCUUAGGAGAGAGACAUAAGGAAUAAAUGAACAGUUACAAAAGGACAUAAUAUAUGAUAAAGUAGCAGGGGAGAAGAAGAAAUCAGAGGAAAAGGAUUAUGAAUACAAAGUAAAAUUAGGUAAUUGAGAAAACUGUUGUUGCUAAAGUCAAAUAUGAGACAUGAAAGACACACUAAUUUAUGUUUUGCAUCACCUUUUGGCUUAUUUUGUGUUUGAAGUUUGUCUCCUAUGUGUGUUAAGGUGAUUCCCAUAUUAAAAAAAGAGAUCCAACCAAAGCACCUCUGUUAUUAGGGGUGGGAUGAGCGAUUCUUUUAUGCAUGGAUACUAUAUAAGUGUAUAUAAACAGCAGGAUGAACUGUACCUCUACAGGUGGAGGAGAGGGGGAGAAACAGGGAAAAAAAACUACUGGGUUUCGGUUUCCAAAUAAUCUUUACAUUCUUUUUUAGCUCUGUGUCUUUUAUGUGCUGUUUGUGUAUUUGUAUAAAACGUGUAUUUGUACGUGUAUCAGCUUCAUUGCUGUGUCUUUCCCCCUGUUGUAACCCCCCCCCCCGCCCUCCCUUUGUGUGGAAAUAGUCUCCACACUUCCAUGUCUGUAUCUGUAUUUACCCCUUGUUUCAUCACACAAGUGUGAGUGUGAGUUCGUGUGUGAGUUUCUCUGUUUUGUUCCUGUGUUUCAGCUCAUCCAAUCUAAAUUCGAUCAGCCUGGGUGUUUGUCUGCUUUAGGAGCCUAAACAAACAGACGACCAGGCAGCUGAAGUACAGUUUCUUCCAGUGCAUCAAAAUGGCAUCAUUUGUUUUUUCCUUCAGACAGACCUCAGAGCUCUGGAAGCCCCAGUGUCGAUGUUCUCUUCCUCUUCCCUUACCAAUCAAUCAAUCAGAACCAAGUGUCUUUGUGAUGGUAGAAGACAAUCAAUUUCAAAUAGAGCAGAGACAAAAAAAAAAAAAAAAAAAUAGGAGGGAGAGAGAAAGAGAGCGAUGGAGGAAGGCAGAAAAACUGACUGGACAGGAGAGGUGGGAGGAAAGGAGGAAGGAUGGCUCUCAGAAAGAUCAGUGUAUGUGUGUGUGAUCACCUUUAACCUCUUCAGGGUGACCUUUACGGUGGGGGCCAAGACACCCAGGACCCUCCCCCGGCUACGAGGGAGGUGGUGGUGGGGGAUUUGACUUGUUAAGUGGACAUCUAAUCGAAGGUGUUGAUCAAAUGCCUGCACACGUAUGCACAGAGAGCAUAUACACACAUGAACACUCUCACACACACACACACACACACACACACACACACACACACACACACACACACACACACAUACGGUUGUCAUGCAGAAAGCCUUUCUUCUGUUCUUCAUCUCCCAGAAAUACAGUGAAUCUGUCAGGUCUGCCUUCAGCCUGUGGAGGGAGAAUCAAGUAAUAACUGGAACAAAUAAUACACCAAUUGAAAACCAGUAUGGGUAAAUUGUGUGUUUUGACUAAAACAAAUAAAAAAACAACCAAUUGGCUGACUGGCUUCUCA